GUGAAUCAUUCCAAUUUUAUCGGAUGUCCAGCAAGGGACAAUAUCUAUCGCACACAUAUAAAAAUGCACAUCCACUCUCAUAGUGUGAUUUACCUAACGAAUACCUCUUGUGUGCAACUGCACCUUUUUGAAGCAAUUCAUUCUUCAUAGCCGAAGAUCAUUUAACACUUCAAUUUCUCAAUCCCUAUACACCAUUUAGGGAUUGGGGAGUAGAUAAUUGUAUUUCGGCGGGUGAGUUAUUAAAGAUGAUUUCUGCUUCUUCAAGUUCACUAUGUCUGCCGGCGACAUCUGUGGCCGGAAAGGGGAUUGAUUUCCGGUCUGGGCCUAUUGGAUCUCUAGUCCCCAGCAGCUUCCGCUUAUCAGCCACAUGGGCGUCUAGGAGGUCCGUUAUUCGAUCGGAUUUGGACUCCAUGGUAUCAGACAUGACUACCAAUGCUCCAAAAGGCCUAUUUCCACCUGAACCCGAGCACUAUCGAGGACCAAAGUUGAAAGUGGCAAUCGUAGGAGCUGGUCUUGCAGGAAUGUCAACUGCAGUUGAGCUUUUGGAUCAAGGACAUGAGGUAGAUAUUUAUGAAUCUAGGCCUUUUGUUGGCGGGAAAGUGGGGUCUUUUGUUGACAAGCGUGGCAAUCACAUUGAAAUGGGAUUGCAUGUAUUUUUUGGUUGCUACAAUAACCUAUUUCGGUUGAUGAAAAAGGUGGGUGCUGAAAAAAAUCUACUAAUCAAGGAUCAUACUCACACCUUCGUGAAUAAAGGGGGUGACAUUGGGGAACUUGAUUUCCGCUUUCCUAUUGGAGCCCCGCUGCAUGGUAUUUCAGCAUUUUUGUCCACAAAUCAGCUGAAGCCUUAUGAUAAAGCGAGAAAUGCUGUAGCACUUGCCCUUAGUCCUGUAGUUCGAGCUCUAGUGGAUCCAAAUGGGGCAAUGAAGGACAUUCGUGAUUUAGAUGGACUGAGCUUCUCUAACUGGUUUAUGUCUAAAGGGGGAACACGUGCAAGUAUCCAGCGGAUGUGGGAUCCUGUUGCCUAUGCUCUAGGGUUCAUUGAUUGUGAUAAUAUUAGUGCUCGAUGUAUGCUUACUAUUUUUGCGUUAUUUGCCACCAAGACAGAGGCUUCCCUCUUGCGGAUGCUCAAAGGUUCUCCAGAUCCAUAUUUGAGUGGUCCUAUCAGAAAGUAUAUUGAGGAUAAAGGAGGCAGGUUCCAUCUGAAGUGGGGAUGUAGAGAGAUGCAUUAUGAGAGAUUUUCGGAUGGAAGCACAUAUAUUACUGGCCUUACCAUGUCAAAGGCGACUCAGAAGAAAAUAAUUAAAGCUGAUGCGUACGUUGCAGCAUGUGAUGUGCCUGGAAUAAAGAGAAUAGUUCCCCAAGGUUGGAGAGAGUGGGAAUUCUUUGAUAAUAUUUACAAGUUGGUUGGAGUGCCGGUUGUUACAGUACAACUUAGAUACAAUGGCUGGGUUACAGAGUUAAUGGAUUGGGAGCUUUCAAGGCAAUUGAAGCGGGGUGCCGGUUUGGAUAAUCUCCUUUACACGCCGGAUGCAGAUUUUUCUUGCUUUGCAGACCUUGCACUGACUUCUCCUGAGAACUAUUACCUUGAGGGUCAAGGGUCAUUGCUCCAAUGCGUCCUUACCCCCGGAGAUCCAUACAUGCCGCUACCAAAUGAUGAAAUUAUAAGAAGAGUGUCGAAACAGGUUUUGGCCCUUUUCCCCUCCUCCCAAGGUUUGCAAGUGACUUGGUCGUCCGUUGUCAAAAUUGGGCAAUCUUUAUACCGCGAAGGGCCUGGCAAAGACCCAUUCAGACCUGAUCAGAAAACACCAGUGAAAAACUUCUUCCUUGCUGGGUCAUAUACGAAACAGGAUUACAUAGAUAGCAUGGAAGGAGCUACUCUAUCUGGCAGACAGGCUUCGGCCUAUAUAUGUGAAGCCGGAGAAGAGCUGGUGACGCUGAGGAAACAGCUUGUUGCCAUGGCUGAUUCAUCAAACGCAUUCAAAGCUUCUCCUUUAUCUGAUGAACCAACUCUCAUCUCCUCUGCCUAAUCUAAGCAUUACGACCCAGACAAAAUAUGUACCAACAGGUUGGCCUUAACAUGAACGCCAUACUCAGCUCCUCCUUUCUAUGGUUAUUAUAGUUUGGGUUCUUUACUUGAUGAUAGUGAUGAUGGGAAGGCGGUAAAUAAACAAAGAAGGGUGGGUGGUGAUGGUUACUAAUUAAUCACCUCAUAUGAAUCCCAGCGUCAUGCGUGCACGCACGCACAGCCAUUCGUUCCACUCAAAUUAUGUUGCAAAACCAAGCUCAAUCCUCCAUCCGUUCCAAUUUAAGUCGCCUUUCUUUACGAGGUUUGAUGGAUAAUAUAUUGAAUUCGAUUUU